AUAAAUGUAGGGUAGAGUUAAUCUACACGCGCGCCCUCUGGCGCCGACUUGUUCUUGUAACGUUUCGUCAGUCCGGAAAUAAACCUGUGUCUGAACGCCUGUUUUUCUGUUGGCUCCACCCCAGAACUAUUCCGCAUCAUCCCUCACCAAGUAUAGACUACAUAUCUAUCAACUGGCGACGAGAUCCUUCGAACUUCGCGCGAGCAGUGUCAGCGGAGCCACGAAUACGUUUUUAUCACGACGGAGGGAAAGAGAAAUUACAGGAGGGAAACUGCAAUAUGGCGGUGGGCAAAGUGGAACCGUUCGACAUCCAUAAAGGCAGCUGGGAAGCCUACAAGGACCGAGUGGAGCAGUAUUUUGUGGUUAACGAGGUCAAGGAGGAGAGGAAAGUUCCACUGUUGAUAACUUUGAUGGGUGCGGAGGCGUACGAGCUCUUAGUGACUCUGUGUACACCGGAGAAACCGUCUACCUUAAAGUACGACAAAAUUAAUCAACUGUUAGCCGAUCAUUUGCAGCCUACGCCCAGUGUUUUAGCGGAAAGGUACAAGUUUCGUCAGCGUAAACAAGCAAAAAGUGAAUCGGUGGCGGAUUACUUAGCGGAUCUGAAGAAGUUAAGUAGGUUCUGUGACUUUGGAACUUGGUUAGACGAAAGUGUAAGGGAUCAGUUUGUGUGCGGUUUACAUAGUGAGAGCAUUCGUUUAAGGUUAUUUACGGAGAAGGAUCUUAAAUUAAAAACGGCUACGGACUUAGCGAUUGCAAUGGAGGCGGCGGAAUUUAAUGCGGCGGAGGUAGCUCGGCGAAAUAAUCCCGGCGGCGAGCGAGAGGCAAGCUGCCAUGCCAUAAGUGAAGCGGCGGGGAGAGCGAGAGGCAACACACGAGGCGGCGCGACGUCAAGCGGAAUUGGGCGAACAUGGCCGAAAGGGAACGGGCAGCGCAAAUAUGGCGGCGCCGGCGCGGAAGUGACACUGACAGCUGAUUUCAAACGAAAAGGAGGUCACGGACACGGUCAGGGUCAACUUUGUACUGUUUGUGGCCGAGAUCAUUCCAGUGAAACAUGCAAAUUCAAGUUAUAUUCGUGUCGAGUGUGCAACCAGCAAGGACAUUUAAAGAAAAUGUGCCCGCGAUUGUCACGUUCCGGAGGACUACAUUACGUAUUUACGGAAACGGGGGAUCAAUCGGCCCCGGAAGAUGAUUUAGAGUUCCAGAUUUAAAGACGUUUUCUCGGAGGGACUGGGCCGGUACAAUGGCGGGCUGGUCACGCUGCGGGUGAGAGACGGCGCCAGGCCGGUGUUCCUGCGCGCGCGGCCAUUAGCGUACGCCCUUCGUGGACCUGUGGAGAGGGAGCUCGAGCGGCUGCAGCAAGAGGGUGUCAUCACGCCCGUGGAAACAGCGGACUGGGCAACUCCAAUCGUCCCGGUGGUCAAGUCAGAUGGAUCUCUCCGGAUUUGUGGUGAUUAUAAGAUAAGUUUGAACAAAUAUCUAGAAGUGGACCGUUUUCCCUUACCAAGAGUAGAAGAUUUGUUUGCCAAGUUACAUGGUGGUAAAAAGUUUAGUAAGAUUGACUUGUCCCAGGCAUACGCACAGCUAGUUUUGGAUGACACCUCCAAGUAUACAGUUAUAAACACACACAAGGGCUUGUUUAAAUAUAAUCGUCUUAUAUAUGGUCUAUCCUCGAGCCCGGGAAUUUUCCAGAGGAUUUUGGAACAAAUGUUUGCGGAUAUACCUCGGGUUGGUGUGUUCUUAGAUGAUGUGGUUAUUACAGGGUUAGAUGAUCAAGAGCAUUUAAAGAAUUUAACUUCAGUCUUUGAGCGACUACAGAAGUAUGGUCUAAAAAUAAAAAAGGAAAAAUGCUCUUUCAUGUCGGAGUCAAUAACAUACUUGGGUUAUGUGGUGAAUAGUGAAGGUAUUCAUACUUGCCCUAAGAAGAUAGAAGGAAUACUGGGGGCCACUACGCCAAGCAAUGUGACAGAGCUGAGAUCUUUUAUUGGCAUGACCAUGUACUAUGCUAAAUUUGUUAGAAACAUUAGCACAAUAAUGGCCCCAUUAUAUGCCCUAUUAAGGAAGGAAAUUAAGUUUAACUGGACAGCAGAGUGUGAUAAAGCUUUUAAUGAAAUUAAACAAUUAUUGUCUUCCAGCAAGGUGUUGGUGCAUUAUUCACCGGAGCUGCCACUCGUGCUAACCACAGAUGCCAGCAGCCAUGGAGUCGCCGGUGUAAUAUCCCACAUUAUGCCUGAUGGCACGGAGCGAGCUGUAGCAUAUGCUUCCCGAGUCUUGAAUAAAGCAGAGCGAGGUUAUUCUCAGAUUGAUAAAGAAGCUUUGGGAAUUAUAUACUCGGUGAAAAAAUUUCAUCAGUACCUGUAUGGUCGUCAGUUUAUUUUAAGGACAGAUCACAAACCCUUAGUGACCAUUUUUGGGGACAAAGCAGGUAUUCCAGUAAUGGCUGCUAGCCGUUUACAAAGGUGGGCAGUAAUCUUGGGGGUUAUCAAUAUGACAUUGAGUAUAUUCCAACAGCCAAGAAUGCGGCAGAUGCCUUAUCCAGAUUACCACCAGCUCAUCAGGAUGCCAAAGACUGUGCAGAGGUAACAUAUGUCAAUUUUGUUCAAGAUUUCCUACCUAUAACUAGCAAGCAGGUGAAGAAUGAGACGGAAAAUGAUGAGACCUUGAGGAAAGUAAACCAAUUCUUACAUCGGGGUUGGCCGAGUCAUUGUUCAGAAGAAGAAAUCAAACCAUAUUUUGCACGAAGACAAGAACUAUACACGGAAGCAGGCUGCGUCAUGUGGGGAUACCGGAUGGUGAUACCAACAUCAUUGCGAACCAGUAUCAUGAAGGAAUUACAUAGCAGUCAUCAAGGAAUUGUGAAAAUGAAGGCCGUAGCCCGCAGUUUUGUUUGGUGGCCGGGCAUUGACAAGGAAAUUGAACAAAUUUGCAAGCUUUGUACUAUCUGUGCAGCAGACGCAGCAGCCCCUGCGAAGUUAACCCCACAGCCCUGGCCAUAUCAUGAGCAAGCUUGGAGUAGACUUCACAUUGAUUUUUUGGGUCCCUUUGAAGGAAGAACAUUCUUUGUGAUUAUAGAUUCAACAACAAAAUGGAUUGAAGCUUUUGUGAUGCAAAGGACAACAGGGACCGCAGUGAUAAAGGUGCUAAUGGAGGUAUUUGCUCGCUUUGGGUUACCGAAAGAAAUAGUUUCAGACAAUGGCCCGCCCUUCACUAGCCAGGAAGUGGAUCAGUUCAUGACACGGAAUGGAAUUAAACAUACCUACAGUGCACCAUACCAUCCGGCAUCAAAUGGAGCCGGAGAAGGGGCAAUAAAAUUAUGUAAACGAGCUCUGCGAAAAGCGACCAAGGAAAAGGUGGACUUGGAGACAGCAUUACAGACCUUUUUAUUUAACUACCGCAAUUGUCCACACAGCACGACAGGUGAAUCUCCAGCCAGGAUGUUACAGAGAAGAGCUCUUCGCUGUAGGCUUGACUUACUACAACCAGGCGCCACAGUAGAUCAACGCGUCCGGGAAGCCCAAAGUAAACAGAUAGAAAAGUUUACUAGCAGACCAUCACAGCAAAUGAAAAUGGGAGACCCAGUUUGGUUACAGGAGUACAGCGGCCCUGAUAGAUGGGUGCCAGGAACCAUAUCCGAGGUAAAGGGGAACCGGAACUAUGUAGUCUCUAGGGAAAACGGUACCACCACUCAUAGGCAUACUGACCAACUAAAGAAAAGAUUCAAAUACUGUGUACCACCAGGAGACCUAUUUAAUGACGAGGAGGAUAUAGGUAGAGAAGUGCCGCAGCCGACCGAGCCUCCGAGCCAGACCACGCAGGUCACGCCCGCGGCGCCCGCCCAGCCCGGCACCAGUACCGACCCGCCUUCUCAAACCGGUAUUCUUGAAAGUAAGCGAGUUAGACGCCCGCCCGUCAGAUACGGUUUUGAAAUAGAUUAAGUUUUUAAAUAUUUUUUGUAGUUAUUAUUGUAAUAAGUUAAUAAGUCCUAGAGCUUGACAUACUGCAUAAUUUAGAUGAACAACUUAUCACUUUCAUUGUAAAUGAUUAAAGCCAUGUCAAGCCCUGGAACCCUAGAUAAGUUUGUUAUUUGCAUCACUGCUGUUAAUUAAGAAAAGGGGUGUUAUAUAUGUAUAAAUGUAGGGUAGAGUUAAUCUACACGCGCGCCCUCUGGCGCCGACUUGUUCUUGUAACGUUUCGUCAGUCCGGAAAUAAACCUGUGUCUGAA